AUGAGUAACCAGGUUGUGGGAAACAUCUACCAGAAGGUGAUCGACGCGGUCAUCAACGAGUGCCGCGAUGACUUCCAGGAGAACGGCAUCGACGAAAUGACGCUGCAGGAGCUCAAGGAGGGCUGGCAGACCAAGUUGUCGUCUCUGCAGGUGGCACAGAUGCCGUGGGACUCGAUUCCUGAGCCCGAGGCCAACGAGCAGCUCAUGUAUCAACAACCACCGCCAGUUGGCCAGUCGGGUCAGCAUCAACCGGGCCAGGUGUCUGUGCCAGGACAACAACAACAACAACAACAACAACCUCCUGUGGCUGCUCCUAACGACGGGGGAUAUGGAGGCAUGCCCUCGCUACACACACCGCCACAGCCCGGUCUGGUCCUGCCAGGCUCGCACCAGGGUGGCCAGGGCAACGGACAGCCUGGCAACCCCGUCAAGCUGGAGCAGACGGAUGGAGCCCAGACGGUGAUGGUUGAGGGAGAGAUUGUGGACGGAGUCAUGACUCUCAAGGUGCCACAAACAGACGGCGCGGAAGAUGACGAAGAUGAACUCAACUCGGACCUCGACGACUCAUCGGACGACAAUCUGAGCGGAAACGAAGACGAGGACGAUAACCAUGGAAAUACAAUUCUCUGUGUCUACGACCGAAUCCACCGAGUCAAGAACAACCGAAAGUUCACCUUCCGAGACGGCAUUGUUAACGUCAACAGAAAGGACUAUGUUUUUGGACGGGCUACUGGAGAGAGCGAGUGGUAA